GUAAAGGGUGCUGAGGUAGGAGGUGGUGUAAGGGUAACGGUAAUGGUUAUGGGAGAACCACCAUUACCAUCGUCAGAUAAACAGAUGGUUGGUGGUGAGUGUCAAGGACGAGUGGAGGGUGGCUCAUAGAGGAGGAACCACGCCCUUACUGAGGAUGAAGUGUGAUACUUGAAAAUGACAGCCUUAUAUGCCUGGGGAGCAAAUAGCCACGGGCAGCUUGGCCUGGGCUUUGUCAGUGAGCAGGUGACUAUGCCUACACGUGUAGAGGACCUCCCUGACAACAUAAGUGAGCCUUGUAUACGUACUGCUGUUGGAGGAGGAGGUCACACCUUCCUACUCACUGCUCAGGGUAGACUUUUUGGUGCUGGAUGGAAUACCAGUGGACAGGUUGGUGAUGGAACUCAAGUGCGUGCUGUGUCAGGUUUCCAACUUAUAAGGGGGUUGGAGGGCCAUCAUAUGAUUGGUGCUGCAUGUGGAUGGGCUCACUCUAUUGCCCUUAGCCAAUCCGGACAAGUCUGGGUUUGGGGGUCAAACAGUCAUGGCCAGCUGGGGCUUCCGAAGGAUGAGGUGCCUUUCACAAGCCUUCCUAUCUGCUUGGAUCUGACGAAUGUGGUGAGUGUUUCUGCUGGAUUGCGUCAUACUGCUGUUGCAACACGGGAUGGAAGAGUUUAUACCUGGGGCCAUGGUCAUCGUGGACAACUUGGACACAUAGACAGUGAAGGACAAUUAGUUAAGUUACAACCAACCCCAAGAAUUGUGGAUCACAUCGAGGGAAAGGUUCUAAGUGUUGUGUGUGGACAGAGCACAACAUAUGCUCUCACUGUUGAGGGCCAUGUUUUAGCCUGGGGAGAUAACAAAUGGGGGCAACUUGCACAUGACCCAAGGAAUGUGGCCUACUUCACUUGUCCCUUGACAAUCCCACAUAACUACUUUGGUGGUGAACGUGUAACAUGGCUGCGAGCUGGCUGGACACACUGUGUAGUGGGUGUGACAUCUGGUGCUGUCUAUGUUUGGGGCAGAGCAGAUUAUGGUCAACUUGGACCUUCAGAAGAUGAGAAAGAUGAUUCCAGCUCAGAUACUGCAGCAAGUGAAGUUCUUAGAAAGCGUUGCAGAUAUAUUCCAAACUGCUUGAACCUCAACCACAGUAUACGAGGUGUGGCAUGUGGAUCAGAGCAUAAUCUUGCAAUAACUGGUAGUGCUGGUGAAAGCACUUCACUCUACACGUGGGGAUGGAAUGAACAUGGGAACUGUGGGGAUGGCACCACAACCAACGUUCAUCGCCCAUCAAGGGUUUCGCUUCCAGGAAACCUACAAAUUAUAGGAGCUGGCUCAGGGCACUCAUUUGCCCUUGUUAAGCUCUUUUAAUAUUUCUCUUUACUGCAAGAAGAGACUUCAGAUAAGUUUGGAUGAUAGAUUGUGCAUUUCUAGUGGGGUGUGUUGUGUGUAUUGAGAGGCUUUAUAUUCAGCUAAUAAAUGAUGUGGGUUCUUGUUUGCUCUAAAUACAGUACCACGUUUGGAAAAUAGUGGUUAGGAAUUUUGUGUGUUAUAAGAGUGUUAUUUUAACAUCUAUAGUGAAUAUCAACUGCAUAUUUUACUUGUUUUUGAUAAGCUCAUGAUAAUUCGAAGUUUUGUUAUUGGCAUAAACUACCAUUACUCUUUUAAAACAAACAUUGGUUUUACUUUCAUCAUUAAGACUAAAAUAUGAUUCACAUGAUCAUCAGGAUGUCAACAACAUCUUGGUUGACAGAGUAUUAGCAUGAGUCAGAUGAUUUGUACAUAACCUGAAGUCUUUCCCAUAGUAUUUAAACAAGGCCAUGGACAUACAUUUUUGAAUGAUUCACAUACAUUAUAAAAUUACCGUAGGCAUAAAGACUCGCAUUGCAAAUCAAGCUUUUACUUUAAAUGUUGAACUUGGGAUUAUGCUUUAUUAAGCUCAAAAAAACCAGCCUUGGAAUGGGUGAGAUUGAGGCCAUGGAGAGUGAGUCCUAAAACUUCAGGACUCGCUUGCCAUUGGCUCAAAUCUUGGCCAUUCUGUGGUUUGUUUGGAAUUGUGUUAUUUUGAUUUUGUGAGUAAUUUAUCAAGGUCAGUCCUGACCAAGGAUUGAGCUUACUCAGGACUUGGUAAUGCUCAUUCCUGAGCAAAAUGUUUUAAAUAAAGACCUGAAUGUAUUGUGGCUUUAUUCCUACUUGUCGGCUUGUUGCCCCAGUCACCACUGUAAAACUAGUCUUCAUCAUAUGUACAUAUACAUCAUCACUUGAGAAUUUGUACUUGUAUUCCUUAGAGUGGAAUGCCUUGAAAAAUGUGUUUAUAUGCAAGUGAUAAAAACUUUUUUUAAAAUGUUUUUUAUAUAUUUUGUCUUUAAAAUAAAACAGGGAAUUUUGAACUUCCUCAGGAUUUGAAAAGACUUGUAUACACUGUAUGCCUGUACAUGUUUUCAUCCAGUCAGUAAAAGAGUGGGGCAAGGGGGGGGGGUUAUAGCAGUAUUUAAUGGGAGUUUGUGGUAAACCAUCAUUUUAAAUGUUACUAGUUGACCAUUCUAGAGGUAGACCAACUUUGUAAGCUUUAAAAUGAGCAGCUUAAAAAUUGUAAGGCAAAAAUAUUACAUGUUCAUUUGCUUAGAAUCUUUAUAUGUAACCUGCUUACAGGGUCUUCAUUAUCCUGUGCACCUCUCUGAAAAUAGGCUAAAAUUAAUUUUAUUUAUCAGUUCUUUCUUUUAAAUCUACUUAGCAGUAAAGUGGUUUAUGCACAAGCCACUCCACUCUCAAUGUCAUGUUCGUUGAGACACCUUGUUUUUGAGGCAUAUAAUAGUUUCAUUUAGCAAAAACUUAUUGUUGACUUUCUUAAUUUAAUGUCAAGACUGUAUUGUGUCUGUGGUUAUGGAAGGUAAAGGAAAGGUGAUGCAUACCAAUCCUUCCUUAUGUCCUCUACUUCAAAAUACCACAGACCCUAAUAGCAAUAUUCCAAGCAUUUACCUACUUUACACAUACAAAUUUAUGAAAGGAGAAAUGUUUUUGCACUUUAAGCAUAGUUUUACAAUGUAAUUCUUAUACUCUGUUUAUUUGUAUUGUUUACCUUUAAUCCUAUUGCAGUUAUGCACUCUAAAAAAGUGCCUGUGCACAGUUCUUCUAUAACUGAAUUAGCAAUAACUAACUACCUGUUCAUAGACCAAGCAACAGGUAAUAGACUGACCUAAAUAACCCUCAUGGGCUUUGCAUAUCAGGAAAUACUGUAUCACUGAAGUUAUUAACAGUUUUUUUUUUUUCAGAGUAGCAUACCAUUUCUGCUAAGUAAUUAAUAGUAGUUUUAUAAUUCAUUAUUACUCUUGAUGAGUUAAUGAAAAAAGACCAUAUUUCAAAUCUUGAGUUCAAUACAUUUUGUUGGAAACUGAUAUUGACGAGGUUUUGCCCGUUGGUGGUUCCAUGGACGAAAUAUUGUCCAUAAAGGAUCACAUUCUACUGCAUUGGUUUUUGUUGUCAGUAUUUUGUACCAUUUCUCUUCAUAUCAGGAUAUAGGCAAGACUAUUCCCUAAUUGUAGGUUCUCAAACAAUAUUUCCACUAAUUGUCAAUAAACAAAUGUUUGAGAAACAAGAAAUGUUUACCACUUACAUUUUUAGUGUCAACAGUGUUUUCACAUAGGUGUCAGUAUUGAUAAACAUGAACACGCAGAAUGUUGUCAUUGUAAUCACUGCAUGUGUUAAGAGUUACAACAGAGAUGGUUUAAAAAAAGACUUUACUAGUUAACUAGGAGCAGUAAAGAUGUGAGAUAAACCAAGUCUGACGAAAAUUUUUAAAAGUAGAUUUGUGAAUUACUGUGAUCGAAGGGAAGUUUUAAACAUGUGAGGGGUCAUACAGUGCAUGGGGAAUGAGAGAAUAAAGUUUGUUUCAAGGAAGGGAAGGGUAGCUCAAAUUCUGUUCAUCAAGCAGUAUCAAGGCAGCACCUUGAACAGUAUAAAAUGGUCAAGUUGUUUGCUACCCUCAAAGGAGGUGUAUGAUCCUAAUGGGUUUAGUGCUUCACCAUGAAUAUUAUUCUUCUUCUUUCAACACACCGGCUGUAUCCCACCAAGGCGGGGUGGCCCAAAAGGAAAAACGAAAGUUUCUCCUUUUACAUUUAGUAAUAUAUACAGGAGAAGAGGUUACUAGCCCCUUGCUCCCGGCAUUUUAGUCGCCUCUUACAACACGCAUGGCUUACGGAGGAAGAAUUCUGUUCCACUUCCCCAUGGAGAUAAGAGGAAAUAAACAAGAAUAAGAACCAGAAAGAAAAUAGAAGAAAACCCAGAGGGGUGUGUAUAUAUGUGCUUGUACAUGUAUGUGUAGUGUGACCUAAGUGUAAGUAGAAGUAGCAAGACGUACCUGAAAUCUUGCAUGUUCAUGAGACAGAAAAAAGGACACCAGCAAUCCUACCAUCAUGUAAAACAAUUACAGGCUUUCGUUUUACACUCACUUGGCAGGACGGUAGUACCUCCCUGGGCGGUUGCUGUCUACCAACCUACUACCUAUAAUGAAUAUUAUUAUUAUUAUUAUUAUUAUAAUCAAAAGGAAGUGCUAACCAUGAAUAUGAUCACUAUUUUUACUGCAAAGCCAACUUGCAAAGAUGGUGAUGAGUGAGUCUGUUCUUCAUUACAAUUUUGUGUCCCUUGACACAUUAUCCUUUGCACUUCUCUUACGAAGGUGUUAUGAAAAAAUCUAUGAUUACAUUAGAGCCUCUUCAAUCUUCUGAUAACAAAGUAUAUUUUUCUUCCUGAAAGGACUACAGCUAUUUAUCUGUUUAAUUUUGAUUUAUGACAAUGAUUAUAUUGGGGAAGACAGCACUAUGUUAAUGACUCACUUAAUGACAAAUUAUAGCAACGCCUCAGGCUGCCUGGGUCUGGUGGGUAUCCGUGAGCUUCUGGAAUGAGCAAAUAUGUGGCAGCCAAACUAGCACUAGGUAAGUGUUAUUUUAUAAAGGCUGUAUGCAGUUUUUAGUUUCUGCCUUCAGUAUUAUUAGAGGAUAAAAUGCAUCAGGUAAGAACUAUAAUUGAAACAAGAUAGUGACUCCCCAGUUUGUGAAUCCUGCCUCUGUUGCUGAGCCUAAUUUAGGUUUAUGUUAAACAUUUCUAUAUUAAAUCUGGUAUUGUCCUAAUGAUUUUAAAGUUGAAUUGUAACCCAAUAUGGCUUGUUUUAAUUUUGCUUAGAAAGUGCCAAACUAAAAGUUCAUGUGGGUGUAUUUACUUAUAUAUUGUACAGUAUCAUAUUAAUAGUGUUCAUACUGAAAUUCAUUAGUGAAUCUUAAAAUGGUAUAGGGUUUGGUAAAUCCAUGAGUAUAAUUAAAAAAUAUAUAUGACUGACUUUGUGCAAAAACUGCAAGAUCCUCAGGGAAUGUUAUGGCCAUAUUUGAUUAACCCCUUGACUGUUGCAACCCCCAAUCCUGAGGUGUCUCCUGGUGUCGCAAAAUUUAAAAAAAAAAAAAUAUUUUUUUCUUAUGAAAUGAUAGAGAAUCUUUUCCCAAUUGUAAUGACACCACAAAAACGAAAUUUGAUGGAAAACCGAAGGAAUUACGCUCUCGUGAAGUUAGUGACCUCGGCAAUAUUUACAAAUCGGCAAUUUCGCCCACUUUGAGCCCUAUUUUCGGUUAAUUCCAUUGUUCCAGUCGACCAAACUCAUAGCUAUUUCUUUAGAACUCCAUUUUUUCUAUCGACUGAGUUCAAGAAACUGCCCAUUUACCGAUUUCAACUACCCAAUAAUGUGGUCAGAAAUUUGCAAUUUGGCCAAUUUCACGAAAAUUAAAAAAUAUGACAAUUUCAAAAUAAGGUCCAGAAUGAACAAUGCAGACAUUCCUGGCUCUAAAAUAACAUUUUCUUUGUUCAUCAGUCAUGUCUCCAGGCCCCUCUGACAUUACUCUUGCUUUCUAUUUUUAAUUUUUAUUCAAACAAAAUAUAGAAGAUUUACUGUUAUGCAGAUUACUGCAAUACUGUAAUAAUUGUACAAAUAAUGUCAACCCAUUCAUGACUGCAUAUUAGAAUGGGUAGUUGGACAUUUAUUGGACAAUGACAUUUGUUUACUUUUGAACAUCGGCAAAAAUCAAACAUUUCCCCUACUUUGAGCUCCAUUUCCAGGUUCUUUUUAUAGUAAAAGCAAUCAAAAUCACCUCUAUUUCUAUAAUAUGUUUCCCAUUCUAUCAAAUGAGACCAAGAAAGCAAGAAUACAACCAUAAAUACGAUACGAAAAUAGACCACAAAGUUGGCAUUUUAAUUAAAAAAAACGGUCGGAGUUUUUUUUUCUCAUGUACUGCGUGCUCCAGGAUUUUUUUAUAUGGUGCACACUGACCACACACACUCAUUCUCUCACAUGUGGGCCUACCAGCUUUCUCCUGCUUGAUUUGAAGCCGCUAGAAUUUAUGAGUACAUGUAUACGUAUAUACGUCAAAAAUGGUGGCUCGUAAGACAUAUAUAUACGACCGAAACAGUCAAAGGGUUAAAUAUUGCUUAAAUGACAUUAAUACAGUAUUAAGUUCAAUAACUACUGAGAAAAUUAAGCACUGUCUUUGGUAAAGCAGUUAUUCACCAGAAUAGUUUGAGGUUCAGUAAAUAUGUCUAGUGCAUUUUCAGAAAUAUUCUUACUGGUGUUGAUUUUACUCCAAGAAUACUAGGUCAUAAAUAUAAGGCCAUUUUUCCAUCAAGUCAUUAAUCACAUUAAUAAUGAAAUCAUGUAAGAAAUCUUCAAAGAAGUGAUAAGGGUUUUAGCAUAGAGAUGGCAGGAGGAAGCCUACUACUGGUACAUUCACCUCUAACCAUUCUUCCAACAUGCUAUCCAUCAUUGUCUACAUAAACUUGGUGCAUGUGUGGCAUUUCUACAGAAGCCAUGUACACCGAUGGUUCUAAGUCUUCUGACGACGUCAGAUUCGCAGCAGUGUUUCCGGACAGCGUCGUGCGAGGGCAUUUAUUAUCCCCGUCUAGCAUUUUUAUGGCUGAAUUGUAUGCCAUUCUCGUAGCACUUAUCCACAUUGCAUCUAUGCCUGUGUCACCAUUUGUGGUUGUUUCAGACUCCUUUAGUGCUUUACAGGCUAUACGAAAAUUUGAUACACCUCAUCCCCUAGUUCUUCGUAUCCAACUUUGGUUACGCUGCAAGCACAAAGAUAUUGUUUUUUGUUGGGUCCCUGGUCAUGUUGACUUACAGGGCAAUGAACAGGCAGGCACUGCUGCGCGGUCAGCAGUACAUGACCUCCCAGUUUCAUAAAGAGGUGUUCCAUUCACUGACCAUUUUGCUGUAAUUGCUAUCCACCUUCGCACUCGGCAACAACGUUGGUCUGAUCUGCUCCAUGAUAAACUACAUUCUAUUAAACCGAGUAUAGGUUUUUGGCCGUCUUCUCAUCAGUGUCGAGGUUGGGAGGCUACUCUCUCUCAUCUUCGUAUCUGCCACACUUGUCUUACUCACAGGUAUCUCAUGGAGAGGCACCCUGUUCCACUCUGAGUAUUGUCAGGUUCCAGUUUCUGUUUGCUACAUUCUGUUAGACUGCCCACUCUAUCAACGAGCACGCAGAAUUUACCUCUCUCGUUGUCACUGCUCUACUGCCCUUACUUUACCUUCCCUUCUUGCUGAUGGACCCAGACUCUCUUAUUGACUUUUUGACAGCAACUGAUUUACUGCACAAACUCUGCUGAUGAUGCCUCUAGUACUACUCACAGCCCUUUCUACCUCAAUCUCUUCCUACCCUCUACCCCUGCACUGUCCACUGCCCAGCUGCACUCCAUGACCUAAUAAUCAUCCCUCUCCCUCUUGCUACCCAAUAUCCCUGCAUCCUUCUCUGCCUGGUAGUGCUGUAUGACUUGUAGGUUUAGUGCUUCUUUUUUUUAUUAUAUUUUUUUUUUUUUUUUUUUUAUUAUCACACCGGCCGAUUCCCACCAAGGCAGGGUGGCCCGAAAAAGAAAAACUUUCACCAUCAUUCACUCCAUCACUGUCUUGCCAGAAGGGUGCUUUACACUACAGUUUUUAAACUGCAACAUUAACACCCCUCCUUCAGAGUGCAGGCACUGUACUUCCCAUCUCCAGGACUCAAGUCCGGCCUGCCGGUUUCCCUGAAUCCCUUCAUAAAUGUUACUUUGCUCACACUCCAACAGCACGUCAAGUAUUAAAAACCAUUUGUCUCCAUUCACUCCUAUCAAACACGCUCACGCAUGCCUGCUGGAAGUCCAAGCCCCUCGCACACAAAACCUCCUUUACCCCCUCCCUCCAACCCUUCCUAGGCCGACCCCUACCCCGCCUUCCUUCCACUACAGACUGAUACACUCUUGAAGUCAUUCUGUUUCGCUCCAUUCUCUCUACAUGUCCGAACCACCUCAACAACCCUUCCUCAGCCCUCUGGACAACAGUUUUGGUAAUCCCGCACCUCCUCCUAACUUCCAAACUACGAAUUCUCUGCAUUAUAUUCACACCACACAUUGCCCUCAGACAUGACAUCUCCACUGCCUCCAGCCUUCUCCUCGCUGCAACAUUCAUCACCCACGCUUCACACCCAUAUAAGAGCGUUGGUAAAACUAUACUCUCAUACAUUCCCCUCUUUGCCUCCAAGGACAAAGUUCUUUGUUUCCACAGACUCCUAAGUGCACCACUCACUCUUUUUCCCUCAUCAAUUCUAUGAUUCACCUCAUCUUUCAUAGACCCAUCCGCUGACACGUCCACUCCCAAAUAUCUGAAUACGUUCACCUCCUCCAUACUCUCUCCCUCCAAUCUGAUAUUCAAUCUUUCAUCACCUAAUCUUUUUGUUAUCCUCAUA